GACACAUAUAUUAAUUAGAUAUAUUUAAUAUCUUUCUUUUUUAAUUCAGGUAUUUUGAAAUGUCAAUUUUCGUCCGUUCCCCGUUCAAUCGUCCGUUAGCUCCUGUGACAAAACGAAUAAAAUUUUAAUAUCAAUUUUCUCACACUGAUAUUCCCCAUUUUAAAAUAGCAAUUUCUGGAAUGACACAUUUUUCUCUCCAAUUCGCUCGUCGACAAGGAUAUAACAAACAUUACUAUGACAUGAACAAAUACGUACCGCAAAAUUCCACAAGAGAAAAUUCCAGCAGAGGGAAAACAAUACGAUUGUCGCAUUAAAAAGAAAUGUCUCUUCAAUUGAAUUGAAUCCUAUUCUUUCGACUUGAAUAAACCCACCCCUUUCAAGGAGGUCAAGAGAAAGCGAUCUUGACAAAUCUUGAGGAACACCGACAUUAGAGACUUUCGUGGAAAGUUUCGGGCAACGGAGUGCAGAUAAGAGACACGAACAAUGAAACCAAAGAAUCGCGUUAUCUGUGCCUACAUGUGGCCAGAGACGCGCGACAAUGACCUUGGCUUAGAUCCUAGUUCAAACCAGCCCACGAUAACGUGGGCGACGAGUUCGUGAGGAGAUAAGAUCGAAUGAUAAAACUCGCCGCGCGUAAAUGCGCGAGCGAAAACAGUAGCGUUGCAGCGUCGACCGUGCAGCAACAACGCGAGCAGACGCGAGCGAUAUGGCGAGGUUCUUCUUCAUCUUCGCCCUGUCGUGCUUCCUGACGUACUACCUGAUCAGAGUCGCGGAGGCGCAGACGGCGGCGCCAAUCUGCCCGAAGAUCGGCACCUUCGUCGUCUACGACGGCACGUGCAAGAAUUAUUACAUAUGCGUGGACGACGGCUCGAGACUGCUGCCGGUGAUGCUCGCGUGCGCCCCCGGAGCGGUGUUCGACGAGGUCCUGAGAAAAUGCGUGGCCGGGGCGACGUGCCAGCAGACGAGCGCACCGAUCAGCUGCACAGAGGGCGGCGCCUUCGAGAUCUACGACGGCACGUGCAGGAAUUAUUACGUGUGCAUGGACGACGGCGAGAAAUUGGUCGCGGUGAUACUUUCAUGCGCCCCCACGGCCGUGUUCGACCCUGCUCAGGGCAGGUGCGUAGCCGGGGCGACGUGCUUUCAAACGACGACGACGACCACGACGACCACGACGACGACGACGACGACGACGCUGAUGCCGCCCACCACCGCGCUACCUUGCGUGCGAUACGGCAGAUUCGAGAUACCGGACGUGAACUGCAAGAGGUAUUACCUGUGCUACUGGGAUGGUACCCGUUACACCAUCAUGGGCAAUCUCACGUGCCCGAACACCCUGGUGUUCGAGCCGGCAUCGGAGAAGUGCGUGCCGCCGGCGCAGUAUCCUUGCCCGGGGUUAGUGGGAUAAACGGGUCGCGUCCCGCGUCCGCGCGCGGAUCGCGCAGGGGUUGGGAUCCGCAGGAUGCGCGCCAAGUCGACCUGGCGUCGACUUGGCGAGGAUAAUGCGCCCACGUUGGCGACCGAGCGUUGAUGGCCUAAUAAACGAGCUUGCCGAGUAAUCUGUUUCUCGAGAUAGUCGGCGAAGAUAGUCAGGCGCUGAAGACAGCUCGAUCAGUGAUGUGUUCGAGAGAAGCUGAGAAUAGGAAAUAAAACAGAAGGCACUUUUUUUUUCUCGUCUUCCUCUCUUCUCCCUUCCUCCACGAAUAGCGGGAAUAAGGAAUUGUUUGCCACUGGAAAUGCAAAGGGUGUGGAAAAAAGGGGCCAGCCAGUUAAACGGACGAGCGAGUCUCCGGCUAUCGCGCGCUUAACAGCGCGGCUUAUCGGCCGCGGCAUUAUUUUUUGAACUUAAUGGAAACAAUAAAAGUGCACAACAAUUCGUCGUUAGCGCGCGAUCCGUUAUAGGCGCGCAGCGAUUGCGGCUGUUCGCGAUUAAUUACUUUCGCGUGUUAUUAAUACGCGAGCUAUAAUCGAGCCCGUGCGACAAUCGAGGGCGCGCGCGUUACCUUGUUAAAGAUUAUUAAAUGCCGCAAAUAUCAAUUUCCCUCUCCCACCGCGGCGCAAAAGCCGCGAGACGGGCCGUUCGGCGGGCAGCAUUGUCGGGAUAAUUAUUGGAAAUUGCGCCAACGCGUAGUAAUUGUAAAUAUUUGUCUCGUGUGAAUAAUAACUACAGCCU